AUGGCAGAAAAGUACCUGAGCCAAAUCUAUUACAAUCCAGAAAGUCUCGCAAGUUUUGGCGGCGUAGAUUCAAUUUACCGGGUCGUAAAAGACGAAGGCAAACAUCAGAUAUCGCGGAAUAAAAUACGGCUAUGGCUACAAAAGCAAGACACGUUUACUUUACAUAAACCUGUAAGAUAUCGUUUCAAACGGAACCGUGUCAUGGUAGGCGCAACUGACGAGCAAUGGGAGGCGGACCUUGUGAUUAUGGACUCGUUAAGCAAAUACAAUAACGGCUUUAAGUACAUUUUAACUGUAAUCGAUGUACUUAGCAAAUAUGCGUGGGCUGAACUGAUAAAAACAAAGACUGGAGAAAAUCUUGUUAAAGCCUUUGAGAAAAUACUUAAAAAGGGUCGAAAGCCUGAAACGUUUCACAGCGACAAAGGGACAGAGUUUAUGAAUCGAAAGUUUCAAGCCUUUUUGAAGAAUCGAUUGUCGAAAGGCAUCGAUUGUCGAAAGGUUUAA